AUGCGAAAGCCUCCGGCGCCAAAGGACAACACACCCAUCAACGAGGCGAUCGCAUUCGACGAGAUGCGCGUGCUGGAGCGGCAGCUCGACCUCGUCCUGAUCGCAGACAAGUCGGAGCCCGUCAUCUGCAAGAUCGUGUCGUACGACAAGUUCCGCUUCAACAAGGAGAAGAAGAAGAAGGAGCAGGCGCGCGAGCUCAAGAUGUCGUACAAGAUCGGCGCGCACGACUUCGACGUGCGGCUCCGCUCGGCGCAGCGCUUCCUCAAGCAAGGCAACAAGGUCAAGUUCUCGAUGCUCUUCCGCGGGCGCGAGAUCGUCCACUCCGCCGUCGGCAAAGAGAUCAUGGAGCGGAUGGCGACCGCCCUCGACGACCACGGGGUGCUCGACUCGUCGCCGCGCGUCUUUGGGCGGCAGAUGAUCAUGACGGUCGGGCCAAAGACCAAGGAGGCGAUGGCGGCCGCCGCGGCAAAGAAGGAGAAUAGCUAG